AAACAUUGGGGUAAAAAAAUCAAAACAAUCCUGACCCGUUUAGAGAUCCGGCCCACUCAUCCUUAUGUGCUUGUUAUAUAAGCAGCCGGCGCAAGUUAGCACCAGAGCCAAUGGCGGGAAACGUUGAUGGAAAAAACCGAAAAGACAAUAGUAGACAGUUUUUGGCCCUUUAAUUCCCCAAAAUUUUCUACAACGCUGCAAAGCCGUGGUGAUUGCGUUGCGCUGGAGUUCGACAAUUUUGUUGUGGUGUUGCUGUAUGGAGAAAUACUUGAAACCCUCACCACAAACCCAUAAACCCCUUCCGAACCAUGGAUGGAAGAGAAGCCUAAUUGAAUUGAACGGGAGGUUUGAGCCCAAGUACCGCCACCAUCUUUCUUCUUUGCUCAUGCAAUCCUACUCUGAGAUCGGAGCAUUUCCGCAUUUUUACCAUGUGGAUGGAGUUCCAUGUCAAACUCAUCUGAAUCGGAUUGAUAGUGUCGCAAGUAUGGAUCCCCCAGUUCCAAUUACAAGGCAAGGCGUUUCUGCCCUGGAAUUUGACGCCAAGGGAGUUUACUUAGUAUCUGUGACAAAAGCGGGGUGCUUAACAGUACAUGACUUUGAAACUCUUUAUUGCCAUGCUGAUGGCUUAUUGCCAUGCUCAAAAGAAGAUGAAAGCAAACAUGUAUUGCACCUUUCUUUGCAUCGACAACUUGAUGUUGUUCGUUGGAAUCUUUCUAACCAAGAUGAGGUUGCCUGCACAUCUAUGAAAAGAAAUGAAGUACUCAUUUUUGACAUUGGUUAUAUCUCAUCAGAACCAGUUCAAGUUUUAAGAACUAGGCGUACUGUCACUGUUCAUGGAUCUGAAGUUCAUAAAGGUCUAACUGAUAUAGCUUUUACUAUGCUUGAUACCUCAAGGUUAAUCGCUUCUGAUACAAAUGGUGCUGUUAAUCUAUGGGAUAGAAGAGCAGGUGUUCUUCCUAGCAUUGAGCUUACAACUAAUUGCCGUAGCACCAUCAACAGUAUCCAAUUAAAUGUGGAAAAUCAGAUGGUUUUUGGGGCCGGCAGGCAUGGAAUAAUUUAUAUGUGGGAUCUCCGCAGUGGAAGGGCAUCUGCUGCCUUUCAAAGUCAUAAAGAGGUUUGCCAUCCACCGGUAACACAUUGGAAGCUAGCAUCAAUGUUAGAGAAAAUUGGGACCUUAAGGGCACAAUCAGCUAUUGUCCCCAAGGAAGUGCACUCCAUUAAUUUUGAUCCAUCUUGUCCAUAUCAGUUGGCAUUUCACCUCGAUGAUGGUUGGUCAGGUGUUCUUGAUAUUUAUAAUUUUCAAGUCACACAUAUUCAUUGCCCUCCUCCAGCUUGGUUGAAUGAUUCCAACAUUUCAGCUGAUCUGCUUUACUUGAGAAAACCAUCAUGGCUACCAACAUAUUCAGUUUAUGUGGUCGGAUCAUCAUCUGCCAAUGGCAUUCAUCUUUUAGACUUCUACCCUGAUCCUAGCUCUCCCUGCCAUGUGGAUUACAGUGAGGAUGUGGAGAGGCAUUCUAGUGUGGGCAAUCAAGACAAACAAAAUAAGUUUGUUCCAUUGUCUGAAGCUGUUACUGCUUGCGCUACACAUCCGAUCAAUGGUACCAUAAUAGCUGGAACUAAGCAUUCCUCUUUGAUGGUUGUAUCCCAACGAAAGCAGUCUCUCGGAAGUCAGUGUUUUAUAUUUGAUCAGAUGCUAGAUGGAAAAUGCAUCAAAUGCUCAAUGCACUAGUUGAGUAUCACAGCAGUUUUGGAGGCGGACCCCUUUUCAGUUUUCAGUUUGAAGUGGUCGUCUGCCUUGUGCUGUACAUGCUUAAUGAACGGUUGAUUUGUGUCGACUAAUUAUGUUAUGCAGAAAUUUGAGUGUCGCGACAUAUGGUGUUUUCUCUUUUUAUUUAUUUAAAUUAUGUGAAUAGAUCAACGGUUAAGAUAUUUCAAUUGAAGUUUGGUUAUGAAUCA